UGUGAUGUUUUCACUCUUCACCUGUCAAAAACCAAAACAGUAGUUUCUGUUGAUAUAUUUCUCCAAAUUUUUCGGAAAAUACUUUCGAUAUGAAUGCUGCUAUUAAUUUAGGCGUGGAAGACAUGACUGCGACAGUUGUGCGCUACGGAUUAUAUUUAGGAGCUAUUUUUCAAAUAUUCUGUCUUUUGGCUUGCGUUUUCAUGCCCGAUUCUCCUGAUGAUUCCUGGCUUAAUAAGGGAGAUUCUGAUGACGAAAGCUCAGAGCAAGAGACUCCCCUGAAUAGUCCCAGAAGACCCAUUCACAGAACGCGAAAGCAGGAAAAGAAAAAAAGGCGUUGAAUGAAAACUCAAUCAAUGAAAAUGCAAUUUUUUUGAUUUUAUGAACGUUUCAUUUGUUGAGUUUGAGAUUUUUUCCUGAGAUUUCUAACAAUUAAGUAGAAAACCGUUUUGGAAAAUGCUUAUAUUUGGUUCUCUUUAUUUGAGAAUAUUAUUUGGUUAUAACAUUUCAUUAUUGUUUGAGAAGGCUGUGGUUGUAAUGAUUUGUUAUAAGUAAAGCAAUGUGGAAUUCUUAAGCAUCAAAUAAAAAUGAAACUUUGGCAACUUA